AUGGAAAAAGAUACUCUCGCCACCGCAGUUGACUUCUGCGCUGUAGAAGGGUGGAGCUUGGUGAGAUCUGCACGUCCUUUCCAGGCUUUUUGAGAAUACCUAAAGAAGAAGCUUUUUUAAAGAACAUCAAAACGUUUUUUGUUGA